GAGUAUUAGUUUAUCUACAGGCAUUCAUCCAACCAAGCCCAAGGGCACUAGUAGCUGGAGUGGAGAGAGAGUGGGCUAAUAGAAGAGAGAGAAAGAGAGAGCGGUAUCUUCAAUGGCGCCCGCAGAUUGACACACGCUACGCUACUGUUCCCUCUCUUCCAUUUCAGUUCUUUCUUCUUUGCCCCUUUUUUCACUUCUCCCGAUUCUUGAUUCAACUUCACAAUCCAGCAUCAGACCCAUCGGCAGAUAGUCACCUCAGUGUUGUUACUUGUCGGAAGGAACAAAGGGGGGUAACGUAACGCUUCCUUAAUCUGCUCCCCUUUCUGCGCUCGAGUGACCGACUGCGCCGCUCUAGCCUCUAGGUUUUGCCUUGGAGGUUGAAGGUCAGAUCAGAACACAGAAGCGCUUGCCUUUUGAUUUUGUCAUGAUUCACUAAAAAGUCCAAUUGAAGAAGAAGAAGAAGAAGAAGAAGAGAUGACGAGUUGGAGAAGAGUGUUGAAGUCCGUACAGGCCCUAGCUGCCCAUGCCCUCCUCUUUGCCUUCACCCUUUUGCUAGUGCUUAAGCUUGAGCGUCUCGUCUGCUGCUCCUGGUGGGUGCACAAAGGGGCAAUUGGAUUGUGAUAAAAAGCAUCCAUCUUCUUCCGUACCAUUUCAUGUUGGCUGGAUGGAGUUAAUAUUGUAACGAGAAGGGUUGUUCGAUUCAGGGAAGGUAAACUAGAUGGAGUCUCUUGGAAGAAUAAUUUGCAAGUUGAAAUGAGGAACUGCCUGUGUAGAUGAUGGUACUCUUGGAACAAACAGUUGGAAUGAGUGUUAUGCCCACUGGCUGGUUUUCUUCCCCCUGUGGGUCUUCCACGGGGUUGUUUCCCGAGGGAGGUUUUCCUUACCUGCUCCAUCCCUUCCACACAAUCGUCAUGUAUGUUACUUGAAGAUUGUAUUCCUUCCACUGUUACUGUUUGAAGUAACUAUCUUAGUUGACAAUUUCAGAAUGUGCCGCGCUCUGAUGCCAGGAGAAGAAGAGAAUAUGAGUGAUGAAGCAAUCUGGGAGACUUUGCCUCAUUUCUGGGUUGCAAUCUCUAUGGUUUUCUUCGUUGCUGCUACAGUUUUCACUGUUCUCAAGCUAUCUGGCGAUGUACGUUCUCUUGGCUGGUGGGACUUGUUCAUCAAUUUUGGUAUUGCCGAGUGCUUUGCAUUCCUUGUUUGCACAAAGUGGUCGAACCCAGUGAUCCAUAGAACUUCUCAGUCUAGGGAAGCUGGUUCAUCUUCUACAGCCAUUAGAUAUCUUGAUUGGAACAGUGGCUUAGUGCUUUCCCCCGAGGAGAAUAAUCAGGAAGAAAGAAUCUGUGGCUUGCAAGACAUUGGUGGCCAUAUCAUGAAGAUUCCACUGAUUUGCUUCCAAGUCCUCCUUUGCAUGCGUUUACAGGGAACACCUGCUGGAGCCAAAAAUAUUCCACUGCCUGUUAUUUUCUGUCCUCUCUUCCUUCUUCAAGGUGCUGGUGUUCUACUUGCUGUCUCAAAAGUGGUAGAGAAACUAAUUCUCCUGUUGCGGACCGAAGCUGGUGCUGGUAGGUACUUCAGAUUUUCAUCGAGACUUCAUGACUGCCUGGGGUUUUUGCACCAUGGUUCCAGACUAAUGGGGUGGUGGUCUAUCGAUGAAGGGAGUAGAGAGGAACAGGCCAGGCUAUACCAGGAGGGUGCUGCUGGUGUUAUUUUCACUAGUCAACCUGGGAUUUAUGAAUUGAAAGUUCCUCUUUUAUUACUUCAGGUUUGGAGGCUUCAGGCUGCUCUUGGUGAGCAAACAGAAAUUACCCGAUACAGUCAGCAGGAGUUUGAGAGGCUUCAAAAUGAGAAAGUAUUGUGUAGGGUUUGCUUUGAAGGCGAGAUCAAUGUUGUACUGCUUCCAUGCAGGCAUCGGAUUCUUUGCAGCACAUGCUGUGAGAAGUGUAAGAAGUGCCCAAUCUGUAGGGUUUCCAUCGAGGAGCGGUUGCCAGUGUACGAUGUCUAGCGUCUCUUCUAACAUGUUUGUCAACAGCCCCUUUUUGUCUUUGCUGGUGAUACAUGAAUGGUGCAUAGUUGACGGUAUCAGAAGAUGCUCUAACUGGGGUAAGUAACUGGACCACAAGUGAAGUGAGGUGUUUGUUUCCAGUUGCUUUUUGUUCCCUUGUAUAAAGUUGUAAAUACUAACUAGUCGAAUCUGUGCAAGAAAGCAAGUGGGUGGUUUUGUAAUCUCAAGGGCAUAUAUUAUGUGGUACUUGCUCAUGAUGAUUCUCAGAAAUUUGGACAGUGAUGGCAUCGUGCUCAUGAACUGGACGACAUAUAUGUCAUUAUCUCUAACUUUGUCUUUACAGAGAGAAUUGGAUGGAGAUGGUAAAUCUGGUUUGGAUGGAGAAAGAAUUUCGUCUGUGAAUGGUAUUGGUUUGGUUUGGUCUACCUUUUCUUUACUUUUAAGAGGAAUUAUGGAAUUCAAACCGGAUCAAGUUAAGUUUGGCUUGAACUGAUUUGAUUCAAUUGUUGAUAUGCUCUGGUUUGGUGUUGAUUGAACCGUAAACAGCAGGAACUUUCUUUUGAUAAUACUAAACAGCAGGAAUCACAGUUAGUCGUCUGAGUACAGAACAAAUGUUUUCUUGCUUAUGAUUACAAAAGUAGGCAAUACUCUCUACGCACAUGCAACAAGACUACAUCACAUAUCAGAAAUGCAGAGAACAAUCAUCCCAAGUUUAAAGAAACGAUGACACAGACAGAAUUGCUGGGAAUACAUAUGUUUCCAGCAAUUAGAGUCCAGAAUAGGGAAAGGAAAAAAGGAAAGAGGAACGAUCAACCAAGCAACUCAUUUGUUUGUCUUUCUUAUUGACUACUGACAGUCUAAGAAUAGAAUAGUGAUCCAGAGGACAGCUUCAGGCUGUGAUGAAAACAGCUUCAGUUUUGGAACCGGCGAGUAUGAUCCCGUUCUUGUUGCUGUUACUGGAUGGUGGAGGCGGCUUGCUCGUCUGCUUACUAUCAUCAAUCUUGGCAUGAAACUCUUUGAAGCAGUCGUCGAUGCUUCUGAAAGACGCAUCAGGGUAGAGGGAGCAGACCUCUACGUCGGUUGGCUUGUCGAGGUUGUAGUUAACCUGGCACCCUGUGAUGAAGAUGUCGUGGGUCAGGGCAGCUACUAUGCUCUGUGGGAUACGCAUUUCUUUGGCUGCAGAGAGUAGAUCGUCCUCGGAGAUGGUGACUCGAGGAAGGCUGCGCCCGAGCUGGGACUCCCAGAUGCGGGCAAGGUCGUUGAUGCUGAGGAGGUUGGUCCGGGGCUGGAAAUGCAGGGUCUUGUUGAGAGUCCGAGGAUCCUCUACUGCCCUCAUUGUGAACUUCCCAAUGUCGGUCCCCGCAAUGAAAUAUGCUUUGACAGAACCGUCGGCGUAGAUAUGGAAGCGAUCCAAGGGAGGGAGGAGAUCAGCAGGGUGAGUGUGGUCGUGGUAAGGCCAAGCAGCGAUGGAGUUGCAGCAGAUGUAAGUGUAAGGAACCCCGCUCUCUUCUAUCAACCUCCUCACCUUCCUCUUCUCCUUGUACAUCAUCAGCCCCGGCUCCACGGGCUCUGCUCUGUCUAUGUCGUGCCCAAACUCCGACGGCAGAAACCUCUUGACAAGGCCUCCUGUGGCUUUGAUGGCCUUGAUCAGGUGAAUCUGGUCCCAGACGCAGUCCCCUCCUACCGCCGAAAUCACCACCUCGAUCUUGUUCUCUCGGAUCAGCUUCUCCAUCAGCUCCCCGUCCUUCACACAACCGUGAAGGAUGGUGGCUCCCCUGUCCACGAGGGACUUGAUCUUGGAGGACUUCAACGAACGAGAGGCGAAUCCUGGGCCGGAGCGGACUAGAAGGUAAGUAGGACGGCCGGAUUGGAGACAUGCAUCGGCCAGGAACCAGCCGAUGAACCCGGCCGAGCCGAUGAUCAUUGUUCGACCCUCGGCCGGCGACAUGGUUUGAGAUUCUCUGUGCUGAUACAUGCCAGCCAGGGGAACUUGACGAGACUUGGGAACAAUCGGACGAUUCGAUAUAAUUUCAUCUUAUAGAUUAGGCGAGAGUGAAUGAAUGAAUGAAUUAGGUGGCAACGCUUUCUUCUCUCGUCGGGUGUUAAUACCACUGUACGUUGAUGUUUGUUGUUGUUGGUAAGAUGGUUAGGUUCUUCUGAUGAAAAGAUACGACCUUUGAAUGUUAGCUAGCAAAAGGGUUGAUUUUUAUGUGAUGAUUUUGAUGCAUAGGUACGUUGCAGCAACUGAGACAGCAACCCCGUUCUGUUUCCUCAACGGAUUCUGGUGAAUUACGUUG